UUCAGGUCCCUGGUGUUAACACUGGAGAUUUUUUCUGUGUCUAAAUCUGAAAGGUUUGCCAAAGCAUAUCAUUUGCGUGGACUACUGCUCCAUGGGAUGGGAUGGGAGAACACAGCAAGGCUAUUAAGGAUUUGUCAACUGGUUUGAGCAUUGAGAGUGCCAAUAUUGAGUGCUUGUAUUUGCGGGCAUCCUGCUACCAUGCCCUUGGAGAAUAUGGACAUGCGGUCAAGGACUACGACGCUGUGCUCGAUUUGGAGCUAGACUCAAUGGAGAAGUUUGUGUUGCAAUGCCUUGCUUUUUAUCAGAAAGAGGUUGCUCUAUACACAGCAUCAAGAAUCAACAGUGAAUUUUGCUGGUUUGAUAUUGAUGGAGAUAUUGAUUCACUUUUCAAGGAGUACUGGUGCAAGAGAUUGCACCCUAAGAAUGUAUGCGAAAAGGUCUUUCGACAACCUCCCCUGCGUGAAUCUUUGAAGAAGGGCAAGGUUAGAAAGCAAGAUUUUUCAGUUACAAAGCAGAAGGCUGCUCUUCUGCAAGCUGCUGAUUCAAUUGGAAGGAAAAUCCAAUAUGACUGUCCUGGCUUCUUACCGAAUCGACGUCAGCAUCGUAUGGCAGGAUUGGCUGCUAUUGAGGUUGCACAAAAGGUUUCAAAAGCAUGGCGUUCCUUCCAAGCGGAGUGGAAAUAUUCUAAUAAUAAAAGCACCUUGAAGUUUGGUAAGAGAGGCCGGAGAAGGGAAAGAGUUAAUUUGCCUAGCCAGAAUAGAGGCGGUGCUGGUUGCAGUACAAGUAGCUCUUCAGAGACCUCAACUUCAUAUGGAAUUACAGAAUCUAAUUCAUCUGCACGGUCUAUGAUGUCAUGGCAUGAGGUUUAUUCGAUAGCUGUCAAAUGGCGGCAGAUUUCUGAACCGUGCGACCCUGUUGUGUGGAUUAACAAGCUAAGUGAAGAGUUUAAUGCUGGAUUUGGAUCUCAUACACCAUUGAUCCUUGGACAAGCAAAAGUUGUUCGCUACUUCCCAAAUUUUAAAAGAACAUUAGAAGUCACCAAGGCUAUUAUGAAGGAAAGAUCAUAUGUGUAUAAUAAGGUCGAUAACCUUAUUGAUUUAUCCAGGGAUGGGAAAUUGCAAGAUAUUAUGCAAGCAAAAUCUUGCACUGAUUUAUACAGAGUGGUCGGUGAGGACUUCUGGUUGUCUACUUGGUGCGAUAGUACUGCCUUUGAGGGGAGGCAUCUUGAAGGGACAAGGAUUACCCUAGUAAAAAUGGGGGAGAACAAAUAUGACUUUGCAAUCAGAACACCUUGUAUGCCUUCAAGGUGGGAUGAAUUUGAUGCAGAAAUGGCGAAGGCAUGGGAAGCUAUAUGCAAUGCUUAUUGCGGUGAAAAUUAUGGAUCUAAUGAAUUCACCGUGCUUGAAAAUGUGAGAGAUGCGAUUUUAAGGAUGACGUAUUAUUGGUACAAUUUUAUGCCUCUUUCAAGAGGCUCUGCAGCUGUUGGGUUUGUUGUUAUGCUCGGAUUAUUUCUUGCUGCUAAUAUGGAGUUCAUAGGAAAUAUCCCACAAGGUUUACAGGUAGAUUGGGAAGCCAUUCUGAACUCUGAUCCGGACUCGUUUGUUAAUUCGAUGAAGACUUGGUUGUAUCCUUGUCUGAAGUCAACGACAUCCUGGAAAGAUCAUCCUGAUGUGCAAUCAACUUUGGCCACAACCGGUUCAGUUGUUGCUGCUCUGAGCACUUACAAUGACUGAGCUUCUAAAAGUCCUGAAGAGCCAAAUAUUGUAAGCGGGAAGAUUGUUUGUGGUAUUUGUCGGAGGGAAACUGAGUCAAUUUGAGGCAAGAUUUCUGCAAAUCUUACACCUGCUUGUAUCAUUGUAAACAUGUUAUGCAUGCUGUAUGUUUAUUUGUUGUACAGGCUCCCUUGGAUAAUAAAUUUGUAAUUGUUAUUUUCUGUGCUUCUUCAUUUGUUAUUGUUCAUCACAAUAAAUUUGACCUGCAAUUUUAAUUCACAAUACAUACUUGUCAUGUUAUACAUUUUCAAUA